AUGGGGCAGCAAGGCUCGCAGCUGCUGAAUGACAUGGAGCGGAGCACCAACUGUAUGUGUCUCUCCGCUCCAGAGAUACAGCGCUUGAAGAAACGUUUCUUGAAACUCGACCGCGAUGGCUCUGGCUCGAUCGACCGCGACGAGUUUUUGCAGAUCCCUGCCAUUGCCAACAACCCGCUGGCGCACCGCUUGAUUUCCAUCUUUGACGCAGACGGCGGCGGGUCUGUCGACUUUCAAGAGUUUGUGCAUGGGCUGAGCGUCUUUAGCAGCCAAGGGAGCCUUGUCUUUAAAGUCUACGACAUGGACCGCGACGGCUAUAUUUCAAACGGCGAGCUGUUUCUCGUGCUCAAGAUGAUGGUCGGUGGUAAUUUGAAGGACCAGCAGCUGCAGCAGAUCGUCGACAAGACCAUCAUGGAGGCAGACAAAAACGGCGACGGAAAACUCGACUUUCACGAGUUCCUCGACAUGGUGAACAACACCGACGUCGCCAAGCAGCUUACGCUUGAGGACCUGUUCUAG